UAAAUUCAAUCAUAUUAGUUUCAACAAUGGCAAUACAUUGGAUGAAUUGUUCAAAAUGGCCAGAUCCUUUAAAAGACGAGGUCGCUUACGUUGACAAUCCUAUAGAAUCAGGAUUUCCAGGACAUUGGCUACCGUUAAGUGUAAUAAAGAAAAUGAUGGAAAUGCGUGUAAUUACCCUCGCAACGGAUACAUUACAAGUGCAGCCUGCACUAUCUUUACAGCUUAAAGAUUACGUCACGAUGAAGCUGAAGCUUAAAGUCACCGCAAAAGCGAAAUUAGAACGAAGAACAACUGAAAUGAAUAGAAAUGAACCGCUUAUCACGAAACCAGUAAUUAAUCUCUCUUACACUACAACUGAAAAAGGAAGAAAACAUGAUGUAACUACAGCCAUUGAUUUACUAUUUCCGAAAGAAAGCACGACAUCAAAAGCGUUAGAUGAAAUAACUGUAUUACAGCCAGAAACUAAAUUUUUAUUCGUAGAUUCAGCUACACCAGAAAUAAGUAUAGUAUCAUCUAAAUUAUCUUUGCCAACAACUCCUUCAACUGUAUCAACUACAUUCCUCACUGUACCGCAAACAACAACCACAACAUUACCAACUACUCCUACAAUAAUAUUAACAAAAGCUUUGAUGAUGACUACUUCUCCUUCAACAAUAACAACCACAGCAACUACAAGUAAAUCAACAACAACACAAUCGACGACAACAAAACCAACGACAACAAUAACAACAACACAACCGUCGACAACAAAACCAACAACACUAAAAACAACAAGUACAACAACAACCAAGCCAACGACUUCAACAACGACUGAAACUGGUAACCCGUUUUAUUGAUAUAGCAAAACAAAUG